AUUGGGGGAUUUAUGCAUUUUUACGAGUGAUUUGGGCCGUCAUACUAUGGUAAUUGUUUCAUAAUACGUCCAUCGCUGUAGGGGAUGCGCUGGUUUGCACCAACCAAGAUCAAGUUCCACUAGUUGAAACGUCGGUGAGAAGAUACAGCUUGUGUGCAUACAUAGGAUUUCUUAUGAGCAAUGGAGGAUUGGAGAAAGGGGAUCGGAUUCUCGCAUCCACGGCUGAAGGAGGAACAUAUCCACUGAUCUGCGGUCGAUUUGAACGCCGUGACAAUUGAAAUAAAGAGACCUUGGGCAGAUCUAUACAUAAACUGGUACAAGCAGCACCACUGGCAGCAGACGAGGGGAUUCGUGCCUCUCUCCUCCGCUUCUUCAGUGCGCAUGGAUGAAAGUCACAGUUAAAAUGCAUGCGGCAAGUCUUGUCUGAUGUGGGAUUACGGAGUUUUUAUUCGCCCUCUUUUCUUUUACAUGUUCGAACUUUGGUUUUGGCUCUUUUUCCGAGAUGAUACAGCUAAUCUCAGUGGCUGCUGGAAGAAUACAGAAGCCCGUUUCGCCGCUCGGGCUGUCACGUUAUUGGCCUGAAUGAGACUGUGUUUCUUCGAUGCCCGGUUUAUGGAGCUAAACACCGAGGAGACUUGACUUUAAGUAUUUUUCUUUUCAACAGCACACGGAAGGGCCUGCGUUGAAAUCUCUGAAUUCCAUGUUUUCACUGAGCACGGAGGAGAAAGACGGGGCACAGACGUGAUUUUCGGGAUGCUUUGGCGUUCACCGGGAUCAGCACGAUGACACCUCAUACUGGUACCGAACUUGAGUGAGCUGGGGCAUCCUCUCCCAGGAAAAAUGCAUAUCUGGAUCCUAAAAAUAAUCCUUCUGAUUGCAUCAUCUCUGAGGCUGAUCGAGAUGUAUGACAAUUAUGGGGAGAUCUGUCGAAACCUGUGUACGUGCGAGGAGAAGGAAGGGAUCCUGACGGUGAGCUGCGAGAACCGGGGCAUCAUCAGACUGACGGAGAUCAGCCCGGUCCAGUUCUCCAUGUACCACCUCCUGCUGACGGGGAACCUCCUGAAGAAGCUGUCAGUCAAUGAUUUCAUCAAUUACACAGGAGUGACCAUCUUGCACUUGGGGAACAAUGAUAUUUCCGAGAUAGAGUCGGGUGCCUUCAAUGGACUCCAGGGAUUAAAACGGUUGCACCUGAACAACAACAAGAUUGAAGCCCUGAAGGAUGACACCCUUGCAGGACUUGAGAGUUUGGAAUACCUUCAGAUUGACUAUAAUUACAUCACCAAUAUAGACCCUAAUGCCUUGAGCAAACUACACCAACUGACAGUGAUGAUAUUGAACGACAACCUGCUCUCUGCCCUUCCCAUGAAUAUCUUUCGGAAUGUCCCCCUCACGCACUUGGAUCUAAGGGGGAACCGGUUAAAAAUGUUCCCCUACAUCGGCCUCUUGGAGCACAUGGACAAAGUUGUGGAAUUACAACUAGAGGAGAACCCUUGGAAUUGCUCCUGUGAGCUGAUUGCUCUGAAGGCUUGGCUGGAGAGUAUAGCCUACACGGCUCUGGUGGGGGAAGUGGUGUGCGAGACUCCGUUCAGGCUCCAUGGUAGGGACCUGGAUGAGGUGUCCAAGCAGGAACUCUGCCCAAGAAGACCCCUAGAGGACUCUGUCAGGCCUGCACCUCCUAGCAGCACCAAUGGAUAUUACCAGACCACACCUGCUGCUGUCACAGCCUCCGCCACCUCCUCUGCUGUUUUUAGGUCCUCCUCCAGGCCUACUAAGGGCCCACGGCAAUUCAACAGAACUAGGUUAAAGCCCACAUCCAGAAUACCAGGCGGUAACCCUUACAACUAUGGCCCCAUCAUUGCUUUUCAGACCAAAUCUCCUGUGCCUUUGGACUGUCCGACUGCCUGCACAUGCAACCUGCAGAUAUCAGAGAUUGGACUAAAUGUCAACUGCCAAGAGAGAAAGAUUGAAAGCAUUUCUGAUCUAAAACCCAAGCCAUACAAUCCUAAAAAAAUGUAUCUCACUGGAAAUUACAUCCCUGUGGUGCGGAGAUCAGACUUUGUGGAUGCGGUUGGAUUGGAUUUGCUUCACCUGGGAAACAACAGGAUAAGUCUCAUCCACGACCGGGCUUUUGGGGAUUUAACCAACCUGCGUAGGCUGUAUUUAAAUGGUAAUCUCAUGGACAGGCUUACAGGAGAAAUGUUUUUUGGUUUGCAGAACUUGCAGUAUCUUUAUUUAGAGUACAACAAAAUCAAGGAGGUUGAUGCCGGUACUUUCCGCUACCUCCCUAAUCUCCAGCUGCUUUUCCUCAACAAUAACCUCCUGAAAACCUUACCUGUGGGCAUUUUUUCCAGCCUCUCUCUGUCAAGGCUUAACCUGCGCAACAACCAUUUCCAAAACCUGCCUGUGAGUGGUGUUUUAGACCAGCUGAAGUUGCUUGUUCAGAUAGAUUUGUUUGAAAACCCCUGGGACUGCUCUUGUGACAUAGUGGGGAUGAAGAUAUGGCUGGAGCAGCUCAGUGCAGGCACGGUGGUUAAUGAGGUUGUGUGUGAAACACCAAGACGCCACACAGGAGUGGACGUGCGCUCCAUUCAAUCAGAGCACUUAUGCCCAGACUACUCUGACGUGUACACCUUGCCAACACAGCCUACGGAGGAGCCCAUGGACAACCGAGUGGUAACUACAGACGCCCCGCAGAAGUUCAACACCCCCAGCAGCACCGUCCCCCUCUCUGUCCUCAUCCUCAGCCUGCUGCUUGUUUUCAUCAUGUCGGUCUUUGUGGCCGCGGGGCUGUUUGUUGUUGUCAUGAAAAAGCGUAAGAAGUCGCAGAGUGACCGCACCAGCACCAACAACUCUGACGUCAGCUCUUUCAACUUGCAGUACAGCCUCUACAGCAACCGCUCCGGGCCCAAAGUAAAGGCCCCAGCGGGCCACGUUUAUGAGUAUAUUCCACACCCCAUGGGACAUAUGUGCAAAAACCCCAUUUACAGAUCACGGGAAGGAAACACAGUGGAGGAUUACCGUGACCUCCAUGAGCUCAAGGUCACAUACAGGAGUAACCCCGAUGAUGAGAGGGAUAGCAGUACAAUGAGGAGCCCUGCGUACAGCGUUAGCACCAUCGAGCCCCGUGAGAACCCCUCCCCUGUCCCGGAUGCAGACCAUUUCUUCAGAGGCAUCCUUGAGCAUGAUAAGCAGCCUCCCCCCCACCCGUCAAUCCAGUCCAUCCCAGCAGGUGCAAAUUUAGAGUACAAGUACACAGGGCCUGUGUCGUACACGUACAACCCAAAUUUUGAUGUCAGACGUCAGUUCUUGCACCCGGAGAGGAUAAGAGAAACAGUGCUCUAUGGCACGGCACCCAGUACUGUUUAUGUCGAGCCCAACAGAAAUGAGUACUUGGAGCUAAAAGCUAAACUGCAGUCUGAGCCCGAUUACCUCGAAGUUCUUGAGAAACAGACCACCUUUAGCCAGUUCUGAGCAACAGAAUCAUUAAUGUAAUGAAGCAUUUUCUCUCUUGACCCUCCUUGAAACUGUGGCUCAGUUUAUAGGGUGCCUUGGCACAACACACACACACACACAAGCAAAAGCGAUGGAGUUUAAAAAACGGGGUGUGCCGAACAAUCUUAUUCUUAUUUCUGAAACAUGACUUUACAGGAAUGGAUACAGCUUUCUGAAACAUGGAUGAACAAAAUUACUCUGCUUAACUGAUGAUGCAAAAUCUAUUUUUCUAUGGUGAAGAUCGAAUAACACACAAAAUGUAAGUGUACAGGUAAAUCUUACCCAACUUCAUUUUCAGGAAUAUAACCAUACAUAAGGUAUAUUGUGAAUCAGAAAAGAAAUGUUUAUAAAAAUCACUCCUGGACAAAAACACUGUACAGCAGAUCAUCAAAACUGUGUAGGACUAUGUUCUGCUGUAGUCUGUAAGUAAGUAUUUAUUGAUAUAAUCUGCCAUGUCUUUUCAAAACUUUUGAUUCUACAUCAAUAUUACCUGUGUCAUCAUACUCCAUGAUCCUCUGGAAAGGCUUAUGUUUGUAGAUUCAUUUACUGUAGCUCUGCAUUGUAAAAGUGGCUUUUUUUGAAAGUGGCACACCCCCCAAUGUUCAAAAAAGACAGCGUCAUUUGAAGAAGAUGAAAAAAAAAAGUGUCUUUGUAUGCUUUCUGCACUUUUUGGAAUUGGAAGGCGGGUUAGCCUUCAAUGAACUCUCAUAAAGGAGAUUAUUAUAUUAAAAAUGAAUAUGGGUAUUCAUUCUUAAUAUGUAGAGUUGAUAUGUUAUCAAAACGAAAAAUUCAUAAAUGAUAUUUGAAGUAUUAA